UCUCCAGGAUAAGCACACUACAGUGUAAUCUUCUUCUUCAACGUUAAAGAAUCAAGAAAAGCAACAGUUGAAAGAUUCUGCAGUUCCACUCCUCAACAAGAUGGAAGCUCUGGGCCUUCAGUUCUCUUCCAUCAAUGGUCUCAGUGUUGCUCAGAGACUGAGAGGAGGGAACUAUCUCUCAGGCUCAGCUCUCAUGCCUAUUGCAACACCCCCAUCUUCCUUCACCCUCAAAUUUCACAACAAUUGCAGGAGUGGGACAAGAAUGCAAGUAGUUGAAGAAGAGUACGAGGUGAAGCAGAUGAAAGAUAUGGCUGCUGCCAGAAAGAGAUGGGAGGCUCUGGUCAGGGAUGGGAAAGUCAAAGUUCUAACUCCAAGAGAAGCUGGAUAUGCCAUUCAACUCUCAAAUAAAACCUUACUUGAUGUUCGUCCCACUUCUGAGCGACAAAAGGCAUGGGUCAAAGGCUCUACUUGGGUUCCAAUAUUUGAUGUUGAUGACAGACUUGAUCCUGGUACCAUUUCAAGGAAGGUCACCGACUUUAUGAUGGGAGGAUGGUGGAGUGGCGUACCUACAUUAUCAUAUGACAAACGAUUCUUAUCCAAAGUUGAGGAGAAAUUCCCAAAGGACACAGAUCUUAUUCUUGCAUGCCAGAAGGGCUUGAGAUCCCUUGCAGCUUGUGAGCUUUUGUACAAUGCUGGAUAUGAAAACCUUUUCUGGAUUCAAGGGGGGUUGGAGGCUGCUGAAGAAGAGGAUCUUGAAAGGGAUGGCCCCCAGCCCUUUAAGCUUGCAGGAAUUGGCGGGCUUUCGGAAUUCCUUGGUUGGACUGACCAACAGAGAGCUGCAGCCGCCAAGGAGGGCUGGGGUUACCGAUUAGUCUUCUCUGCCCGUUUGGUCGGUCUGUUUCUUGUUGCUGAUGCAUUGUUCCUUGGGGCACAGCAAGUGGGCCGUUAUCUCCAGGACUUGAGAUCUCCUUAAGACAGGCGAUGCAGACGUUAAAUACUUGUAGCCAGAGAUGCAAAGGUUUCAAGGUUCCUGAAGUACUAGAAGCAAAUGGAUCAGGUUCUUUUCGUUCACAGCUGAGGGAUUGAAGCAUCGGAAAUCUAGAGGUGGAGAUAUACAUUCAAGACACUGUCGUCGAGAUCUUUGACCUAUUUUCUGCAUUCAUCGCGUUCUGGUUCAGUUUUUCUUUUCCCCAUUGAAUUGUUUAUGAUGUCUCAAUGACUGAGAAGUGCUGACGAUGUUGAGUAAAACACAACUGAGAGUAUUGACAGAGACAUGUUGGCUUGUAGAAGUUGGUGACUGGCAUCUCUAGUGUUUUGUUUAAGUUAGAUCUCUAUGUUCUGUAAUUAUUGCAGCCUUUUAUACUCUAACAGUUAAAUUUUUGGAUGAGAUAAUUAUUUAAUGUUA